CGCACUGGAAACCUAGCUACGUUCUGCUUGUUGUUUUUGAAUGUAAUAUUGCCAUUCGCCCGUGUCACUCUAUCACGCUAUGGAGAUCAAGAAAACAGACGGAUGAACUGCGUUUAAAAAAAUAGUGCCUGAUCUGCCUGCACAGCCUGAUCCCUACCUCGGUCCCCGUGCUGUGCAACACACUGCAAGCGAAGAAAAUCUCUAAUAAAACCAACACCUUUGCACCACCUUUAAUAUGAUCUACAUAGAAAUACUCGUCCCAACAUGAUAUCCACUUAAAGGGAAGAUGGCUUGCCGAGUGUGCCAAGAAAGGGUCCCGCGCAUUAAUACACAUUGUAGUUUGGGGGGUAAAUAUAAACCACGUGGGUGUCGGCCAGCCAAUAGUGUGCCGGGGAGCCCGCAGAAAUAAUUACCUGCCUUGAUUGUUCUGUGAGCAGAUACAAAAAAAAAAGUACACAUACACCCGUCCAUACAAUAAUCUGAUGAAUGUAAAAGAGACGGCAAACCACACCAUGUCGACCACAGGUCCCAUAAGCAACUAUUACGUAGAUUCUUUGAUUAGCCACGAAAGCGAAGAGGCGCUGACAUCAAGAUUCGCCGCAGCUACCGGAGCUCACACUGGGGGUCCCCGGACAGCCGGUUUGGUCCCGGAGUGUACCGACUUUCCCUCCUGCAGCUUUGCGCCCAAACCCACCGUGUUUACCUCGUCCUGGGGCCCCGUGCAUUCGCAAUCUCCGGUCGUGUAUCACCCCUACACACACCAGCCGCACAUAGGAGCCGAUUCCAGGUAUGUGCGCUCCUGGCUGGAGCCUAUCUCCGGCGCCGUCUCCUUCCCUAGCUUCCCAGCCAACAGCAGGCAUUACGGGCUUAAGACUGACUCUUUUCCCGGGCGGAGACCCGGGGACUGCACCGCCGCGGACGGGAGAACCUACUCGGAUUAUCUGUACAGCUCCUCAGCAGACGUCAGGGACAGAACGCCGCAGAUCAACAUUCCUUCCCCGGAAUCGGAGGCGACAGUAUCCGGCAAACACAAAGAGGACAAGACAGAAUUAGACCCAAACAAUCCGGUGGCGAAUUGGAUCCACGCUCGCUCCACUAGAAAGAAAAGAUGCCCCUACACCAAAUACCAAACCCUGGAACUGGAGAAAGAGUUUCUAUUCAAUAUGUACCUCACACGGGACCGGCGCUAUGAAAUGGCCCGGGUUCUGAAUCUAACUGAACGCCAAGUCAAAAUAUGGUUUCAGAACAGGAGGAUGAAAAUGAAGAAACUCAAUAAGGAAAAGAAUGACGUCAAAGCGCAGUGACGUAUUCGGCCAUCAAAAAUAACAGCGACGACAAAAUCGUCUUAUAUUUUAAUUUCACUCUUAUUUUUUUAUUUUUGUCACCGUGCACCUGUCAUGCUUUUUGACUUUGAAUGUGCAAAGCGAGGUUCGAUGAGGUUUAGAUUUACAGACACAAACCGGGCAGUAUUUGAACCGCAGUCUUAUCAAACAGCUGCAUCUAAUUAAAAAAAAAGUACUUGAAUGUAUUAUUAUUAUUAUUAUUAUUAUUAUUAUUAUUAUUAUUAUUAUUAUUAUUAUUAUUAGUGUUGUUGUUGUUGCAAUUAAUGAUUAUUUUUUUCUUUGUAACUUAUGAGCGUCCUGUGCUUAGUUUAUUUUCCCAACGUUUGUAAGUUCCGCACUUGCAUAUUUUGUACAAAACACACACACACACGAGAAAAUGGCAGGAAUGUUUAUAUGUACGUGUCGAUGUCUUGUGUGAGGUAAUAGUUUUUCAUGUACUUAUUUGUGUGUUUUAUCCAUUCUUCUCACUACACCUUGUAAUAUGAUGUCCUGCUGUACACUGUAGCUCUAUUUAAAUAUACCCGACGUCACCAGA